AGAGGAGAAUGAGGUGGCUGAUCGCCUCACGGAAGAGCGUCGCUUUCUAGGUUAGCGCGUCCGGCUUUUUGUCAUCCGACGGAGGGAACGGCGACGUCCGUUCUAUCGUGCGUGGUGCGUCGGGAAAAUGCGUCGAGCAGUCUCGAUAACGCUCGUGCCAUUUGCCCGUCGAGAAGGCCUCUCCUUGGAUGUCGCCGCCAACACCACCACCACCAUCAUCACCACCACCACCACCACCACCACCACCACCACCACCACUACCACCAUCACUACCCUCCUUCGUUUCCAUCUCCCCCUUCGAACGAUCGUGAGUCCCGCGUUCCCGACUGGAGCGAAGCACGUUAACUCGUUUAUUCCGUGGCCAGGCUGCUUCCUACUCCGUAGGUGGUGCGUAACGAGGCGGCGAAAAAAAAAAGGAACGAGAAGACUGGGGAUAGAGGGAGAAGGAUGAGUGAGAGGAAAGGAGACAGAGACUGGUAAAAAAAGAGGGUAUGGGAAACGGCAUGUUAUCGGCCGUUUCCGGGCCCUUUGUCAAUCGCCACGCCUUCAAAGCUGCGUUUGCGCCACGCUAUUUGCGCAACAGUUGGAAGUUGGAAUUUUGCCUCCCCGAAAAUCACUCCCGCACGCGGCCCAUGUAAGGAAGGGAGAGGAAUUAUGCUGCCUUUUCAUCGUCGUGAACGAAUAUCCAGAAGGGCAACCCGCUGACUGGCUGGUAAACAGACAGACAGGCACCCGUCCACCUCCCUCGCCCCUUCACAAGAGGGCCGACGUCGACAUCCGUUCGUGAAUCGUGCGCCAACACAUGGCCAAUUGUCGUACGUUACAUACACUUAUACGUGAUGUACCCGAAGCUGCGUUCUUCCUUGGUGGCUAAUAAGCGAGGCAUCCAUCAGGCUAACAGGUGUGGGAAAUUAAUUCAAUAGUCGAUAUUUUUGUAAAGUUAUAUAUUUAUAAUUAUAACAUCGUCAAUCUUGUUACAUAUCGCGAAAGUUUUUAUAAAGUUUUUCGCACGAUUAUGACUGAGGUAGCUUAAGAUAUCUAAUGAUAUUUAAUAAAAAAACUCGUAGUCACGGAAGGAAGCGCGCGAUUUCCGGGCCUUCUCGUAUAUCGCGUCCAGAUGCUUGUAUAUCGUUUCAUAAACUAAAUUUAAGUCAGCUGACCCGAUCAAUUAACGGAGCUCGAACGAAGACGUAGUUGCGUGACGCGAUGCUCAAUCUUUUAUACAAUAAGCUUUCUCGACAUAAUAAAUUUGAGUUCUUUUUUUUUUAAAUUUUUUAUCACAAAUAUUUCUUCUUACAAUUCAUUGAUAAAUCAAGAUUCAAUUGCAUCGAGAUAUUUCACCUUGAAGCGUCGUCUUGCGCAACACGCUGCUUCACGCUACGCUAUUUUGAGAUGCAUCCGACGCAUCCAUGCUGAGAUCCCAUUUUACACAUUGUUAAAUGACGCCUUUUGCAAAAUUAUGCGAGUUCUUCCACCGAGGAACAAUUUGGCCUAUCAUUAUGCAUCAAUAUACUGAUUGCACACGUUGCGACAAAAUUGUAAGAUUUUUUUUUCCAACCUAUACUCCAAUCUGGCAUCGUAGAUUAAUGAUCGGCUUGCUAUUCUGAUCUUUAUCCAACGUACUUGUAUAUCGGCGUCGUCGACAUGGAUCGAUACGCGGAUGAUAGAUAGUAAGAAGUCAUGGAAAAAAAUAGCCAGUAAGAAUGGCAGCCCUUUCUCCUCCCAUCCUGUUACACGAAAAUGCGAUACAAUUCAGAUAUCCAGUGAAUAUUUUUAAAAUCCUGUUUAUCUAGAUUUCUGAAUAUUCGUUAAUAUUGUAAUAUGCAAACGGAUUUGCACGAUUAAUUUCGUUAUAUUUUACUCUCUUUUCGCUUGAAUGCAUAUGUAUGAUACAAUUAUUAAAAAUUUAACAAUUACAUAUUUUUCACAGGAACGCACACAUUUGUAAUAGAAUAAUGAAUAACGAUGGUAAUAUAUUGUGGAGUAUUCAGAAAUUUGCCAGAUAUAUCGGGACAUUAACUGGUACAAGAGUAUGCACUGGAUAUCGUGCUGGCGUGAGCGUGACACGAGGCUCUCUCUCAUUCGGCAAUGCCUAUUCACAAUGACACGCAUCAGCCAAAGACGCACUUUCCUCCGUCCGUCGGGUUGUGAGACCCGGCAAUUCCGCCGCUUCUUCGCCGUCGCGGCAUUCGACAAUCCGAUCGAAGCGCCAGCAAUUUUUCCAGAGCGGCGGAAUCGCGGAGUCGCCACCCCGAUUGCUGUUCUCCGCUGAGCCCCGCGCGCGGCCAUGUAGUGCACAACACACACUCGGGGCCUGUUGAGAGAAGGGCAGAAGGAGCGAAGAGCAUCAGCAGCGGCCUUGAGGCUGAGUAGCAGCCAAUCCCAAGCCCCCGCACGCUAAAGGAGGUGGCGCGGGAUUGGCUGAACGUUCUCCAUCGCGACUUCCCGGACGCUUCCGGUCGUCGGGACCAACAGGCCGAUUCCCCUGGCUGGGGCCCCUGAGAAUAAAUGUCAACUGUCCGCGUCGCGUCAUUCGCGCACUCGUCGAGUAUUCUUACUUAUUCGGAGAACGGCUGUUACACGACGGUGGAUUCAAAUUGAUUCACGUAGAAGUGCAGUUUAAUAAGACGAGAAGUGAUUGGCGUGUUGAAUCACGAGACUGGUCGGCGUUGGUGAGCUUUCCGGAAACGAGCCGCCGACUGAUACACCGCAUCGUUCACGAGACUCUCACGAGCCGGUUUCCAGCAGUUCGAGAAACACCAUAUAGGUAGGUGAACCGAUAGCGAGAAGGAACGUCAGUGACAAGCCGAAGGAUUCUCGAUCUCGGAAACUCGCGCCGGUUUAUGCGCGGGUGUUGCGGAGAAAAGUCAGACCGAAGCUGGCCUGCUGCGAGUCACUCGAAUCCUGAGUCAGCUCGAAGACUUUCUUAACAUUGGCGGGGAAGCGCCGGAGGCGAAGAGGGCGGGCGACGUGAGUACGGUGAACCCCGGAAGCGAGCGCAACGGUGGCCGGCACGGUCGAGGGGGAGUUCGCACGGCGGUGCCAGGCCCGCGCAUGCUUCAGCAACGAGGUUGUUCAGCACCCGCGCCCGCUACGACCACCAGCUCAGCGUCAUCCUCAUCGUCAUCAUCGUCAUCGUCAUUCACCACCACCAUGUUCCCGCAACAGUACUGCCUGAGAUGGAAGUACCAUCACAGCAAUCUGCAGACCAUGUUCUCACAGCUGCUCGAGCGACAGGCUUACUGCGACGUCACGCUCGCCUGCGAGGGCAAGACGCUGCGAGCGCACAAGGUUGUACUAUCGGCGUGUAGUACAUACUUCGAUACAAUUUUAUCACAGUACGAGGAGAAGGAUCCCAUCGUCAUCAUGCGAGACGUCAAAUUUUCGGACAUCAAAGUACUCGUCGAAUUCAUGUACAAGGGAGAGAUCAACAUCGAUCACACGAGGCUGUCGUCGUUACUGAAAACCGCCGAGGAUUUACACAUUAAGGGGCUCGCCGAGGUGAGCUGGCGCAGUGAUUCUACGCAAAACGACUUGAAUAACACCAGUCACAGUCCCGGCGCCGCGACCCCCGGCGUCGAGGCAGUCCUAGGGAGGGAGAGUGAAGACGAACCGCCACCCCCGAAGCAGAGACGCAGGGGUCGUCCGCCUCUGGACGAUCCACCCUCGGCACACGACGUUUUCACACCCAAGAUCACUUGCAUCACCGGAAAUACUCGCAGCAGCGGGUAUUACACAUACGCGGAGAUACCCACGCACGACUCUAAUGUGUCACGUCGAACCUUUUCCCAGGAGGAAAUGAUGAGCGAGGGCGGCGACCAUGAGAGUUGGGACGACGAGAUGAUGAUGAACGAGACUAACGAAACGCCACUGCCGGUGCUGUCCUACAUGUCCAAGGAUGAUAGUACAUCUGAUCAGGAAAAGAAAGCGCCUCCAUCAAACUCCAACGCCUCGAAUCUGUCGAUCCCCGAGCAAUUCCGAGACGUGGUGAAGAUGAACGAUUAUCUGACGACGGGACGCCGACAAGAGUUCUGGGAGGAACCGUUCACGCGACGUGUCAUGGACGCCAUCAAGAGUAAAGAAUUAGAGAUGAAGACUGCCGCCGAGAUCCUCGGUGUCUCUUACGGCACCCUUUAUGGAAGAUACCGCGACAGUUAUGGUUGCCUUAAACAUCCGUACAGUCAAUCUUUUAGAGUUAGAGAUUUCUGGUCUGAGCCGGGUCCCGCUGAAGUGUUAGCGAAACUGCGGCGGAAGGAGAUUACCUUGUUCCGGGCCGCCGAAUUUCUCAACGUGACCGUCCAUACGCUCGCCACAUAUCUGUCGACGCUGCAAGGGCCGGACCGAAUUUCGUUAGCCGGUGAUUUGGCAUCCGGUGGCAACAUCGACGGCGGCAGUAGUAAUAAUGCGACGACAACGGAGUCGGUGACGACGGAAAACAACGAAUCCGUCAACGACAUACUGCAGAAAAUCAACGCGAACGCGGCGACUGCGGCGACGUUAACCACGACCACGACGUCGAUCAAGCGCGAGGGUGGCGGCUAUAUCGAGGUGCCGACAACAGUGCCAAAGGCCGCAACGUCCAUGCUGGAGAACAAUCCGGACAUCACGAUCGUCAAGUCGGAGAACACGCCGCGCAAGCGCGAUUACGCGAAGAUGUCCAACACGGAAAAUAACAAUGCGAAGUUGAUGAGCGGCGGUGCCGUCAGCGAGGUCAGUCAACAGCAGCAGCAACAACAGCAGCAGAAACUCGCCGAUCAGUUGUCGUUGAAUAACGAUAACAGCAAACCCUAACUAUUCAGACCAUACUUAACACCUACGGCGAAUCACCAUCAUCACCAUCAUCCCCGCAGUGCAGCGCCGAACAACAUCAACUACAGAUCCGAUCUGCAGUGCCCGCGCAGUUUUUAUUCCAACGUAUUUACGCGUUUUCUCACGAAUUUUCAUUUGAAAUAGAUAAGAAGGGACGCCGCUGCUCCGCGCACACCCGAUUCCAAAAAAAUAAAUUCCAAAAAGAGCUUCAAUCUCAACCUCAAAAACGAUCUCAUGUGCAAUCGAUUGCGAUUGAUUGGUGGCGGGCCGUGACUGGUGUCGGAAUGUAAGAAUAAAUUUCAAAAGAUGACUGAGAACCAACGAGAAAGAAAUGUCACCGCAAAAUCUAUCGCGAAUCAUUUGAGAAAUGGCAAGCGUGUACACUUCAUCAAGCCUUUGAAUUAAUCUCCGUGCAAAAUACAUGGUAGGGCCAUGUAUUUCUCCAUUGUUGCGAAAUUUACUCUCGAAAAGUUAACAUUCAAUAACGCGAGUUGCAAAAAUUCUCCUUUCGUUUUACCUUUAAAAUCAGUUCAUUUUAAUCUAUACACGUCGGUAGCGCGCGUAACCUUGGCCUUCGUGAGAAAAAUAAGAAAAUAGCAAAGACAGAAAUAAAAGAAAAUCGUAUAAUAAAAAGUUCAAUCGAAGUUCCUUUUGAAUAACGAUGUAGAGUGUAUUAUUAUCGCAAACAAAGAAUGCCUAGACUAUUUUCUGCCGCAUGUGUCUGUAUGGUAUAGCACGUAAAGAGCGACAAUAUAUUCACCACAAGUAGAUCCACCAUAGUGUAAUACAUAUCCUCCUAAAGAGGAAAAAAGAAAGAUAAAGCGGAGUGUGACGGUCCUUCAACGAUGUUCCUUGUGCGAUUCAUCCGUCAGGAUCGCGUUGGGAGCACGUUUCGUUUAAUAUUCUAUGUACGGGCAUGAGAAUUAAUUUAAAUCAUAAUGCAUAUACUAUUGGAAGAAGUGUCGCGCAAUAUAGAAGAAGAUACACGAAGAGAUUCUCCCAAAAAGAUUUUAUUUGUAUUUACAAAAAGCAUUUAGAGAGUGAGAGAUAAAAUCAUCACUUUGUCAGGCUACAUGUACCCAAUAGUAAAUCGUUUAUGAUUUAAAUAAAUUUUUGCGAUAAAAGCCUUAAUAUUUAGAGUACCGGUCUCUCUAAUUACGUUGUCGAUUUGCCGAUGAGAUUUAUUUACGUACACUAGCAUUUUUUGUUUGAGGCCGAUCUAGAAUAAUUAGAACGACUUCGAUUUUAAGAAAGCGGCCAGGUGUGAUUAAAGUAAAGAUAUUUGCAGUUAGCGGCGAUUUUUAUGCGGAAAUUCAAAAAAUAAAUCGCAGCAACUGUCUUUUUUAAUAGUAUUCAGAACGGGAUUAUCUAUUUACAUAUAACAAUUUUAUUUUGUUUCUCUUUUAUACCAGUAUGUAACGCUGCAUAGCAACGUUUUAGAGGCAAUGUUUAUUAUGUUUAUUAUGUAUGUACUAAAUUUUUUCUUUGUUUUUUAUGAAAGGGAAUAUUUUUAGUAGUUUUUAUUUGGAAAUAAAUGUCAACCGAUAUCAAAGAUGAUUCGUCAAUCGAUUGAGACAAAUACGAAAUAUAAACGUCCAUUGUAAAUAUCAGUGCAAUAGAGAAAAUAUGCAAAUUAAUAUUAUUUGACGUGAGAGAGAGAGAGAGAGAGAGAGAGAGAGAGAGAGAGAAAGAAAGAAAGAAAGAGAAAGGUGUCCGAGCACUAUUUUAAAGGGAAAAAAAAGGGAGACUUUCCUGUUUCGUGCAAUCACGGUCGGAUCCUUGUUGUAAAAAGCAACACGGGGGAACGAUAUUGAUACAAGCAGCAUUGUCGGUGAAAGACAAGGACACUAUGAUGCUACGCUAUGGUAUUAUCGUUCUCCCUAUUUGUAUGACUUGCGAUUCCGUUUAUUUUAUUUUCGUCGUAAGCAAUUCGCAAGCGCGGUGCUUAUAUUAAGUUAGAUAAACAAAUGGGAAGCUAUCUAGAGACUACGGCGCGCUAUAUAUAUACACACACAUAUAUAUAUAUAUAUAUAUAUAUAUAUAUAUAUAUAUAUAAAUACAUAUACAAUAAUUGUACUCUAUAAGAUAUUGACUGGAAAUGAGUAUUCCUGUUCGCUGAAGGUAAAACUAAGUAAGAACUAGUAGUAUAGUAGAGGUAUCUCUCGAUGAUAUUUUUCGAUGAUAUAAGACUUAGUUGCAUUGGAAAGGAGGUUUAUUCUCGCGGUGGGUACUUGUAAAGUAAUCCGAAUAGAGUAAUCCGUGCGUAGUAGGAUGAAAGAACAGAAUGACGUUUCCUUCAUUGAUAUUUCAGUAUGACAAAUAGAAAAAGGGAGAAAACGCGCGUGCGAUUAUAUCGUGAAACAUGUAAAUACAACAAUGUGUAUAAUAUAUAAUACAAUGGAGACGCGCAUUCCUUAUACGCGAAUGCAAAAAAAUGUAAGUAUCUCUUUUUUUAAACGGACCCCGAAGUUGACUGACUACUAAAAUAAAUAAAUAAAAAAAAAAAAAAAAUAAAGAACCAUAAUGAUAAGUACAUUGAGAUUAUCAAUUAAGUGCGAGAUACACUCAGACACGAGAUACACACACAUACACACCCACACAUACACACUCUGGAUUUUACGAAAGAAUAUAUUUCUAACAGACAAGCGGUGACUUAUCUGAUGAAUAAAAUAACAUUAUAUUUUUUAGUCUACUUUGUAUAUUUAAUAUGAAAUAACAUUUUGGACAUUGGAUGAGUUGAAGUCUUUCGAUUACUUUACGAGUGCAAACCGAUUAUUUGUAUCAUACAUAAAUGUAUAAUUUUAUAAUGCAAUAACGUUUACGAUAAUUUUAUUCAUAACUUCUUAAAUGACAAGAGAUAAAAAAAAGAAAAAAAAAGAUAGAUCUGUUCAUCUUCAUCAUUUAAUUUAAUACUUUUUUCAUUGUAUCUUCUCUCAUCAAAACUUUGUAUUCAAUGAAAGAGUAACUGUUUCCCUUUUUUUCUUCUAUAUUUUUUUCUUUUUUAAAUAAAAUAAGACUAAGACAUACCAAAUGAGAGAAAUGUAAGGGCGAGUUUUGUUAGGUUAGUAUCUAUCGCAUAUCAAGAAAGCAAAAAAAUACAUGCGCUGGUACACACUGUAUUUGCCUAUAGCGUCCAGAUAUAUUUAUACCUGGAAUGCGCGAGACCACUUUUACUCUAGCGAGAGUAUACGACUAGAAGUAUUAAUAUUUAAUAAUGAUAAUUUAUAUACAUAUAUAUAUAUAUAUAUAUAUAUAUAUGUAUAUAUGUAUAUGUAUAAAUAUUGAUAUCCGAAUGGAUGGUCAUGUUUUUGAAGAUUAUUGUGGAGCCAUAGAACAACAAA